CGCAGCGAAAAGCACGGACCCCGGUGAAAAGUCACGCGUGGCUCGACAUGCCCAGCGCCCCCGCCGGGCUCCCGCUCGGCAGCGUGGUCUUCCCUGGCGACCGCGUCGCGCGCGUCGCCGACUUCGAGCGCGUGCUGCUCGGCUCCGGCGUCCGGCGCGAGGGGCCGCUCCUCGUGUCGACGAGGGCCGGCGUGCUCGGCUGGGACACCGAGUCGUCGCGGCUGUGGGUCGAGGCGGAGCAGCGGCGGUACGUUCCCGUGCUGGGCGAUCAUGUGAUUGGCGUCGUCGCUGAGAAGCACGCCGACGAGUACCGCGUCGACCUCGGCGCCGCCGCGCCAGCCACGCUGCCCGUGCUCAGCUUUGACGGCGCGACCAAGCGCAACCGGCCGCACCUCGCGGUGGGCGCGUUGGUGUACGCGCGCGUGGUGGUGGCCAACAAGGACAUGGAUCCGGAGAUCAGCUGCGCUGCGCCGCCCGGCGUCUCGUCCCGCGACUGGGUGACGCGCGAGUCGCUCUUCGGCGAGCUGCUGGGCGGAUACUCGUUCGAUUGCCCGAGCGGGCUAUGCCGCGCGAUGGCGGCGGACGCGCCCUGCCCGCUGCUGGAGGCGCUCGGCGCCGUGGCCGCCUUCGAGGUGGCGGUCGGCGUCAACGGCCGCGUCUGGGUCGACGCGGCGCAGGCCUCAAUGCUCAUCCUCUCGCAGCAGGCGAUGCUGCUCUGCCACACGCACCCGCCCGAGUCGCACCAGAGGCUCGUGCAGACGCUGGCGGGAGGGAGUGACGGCUACCGCGGCGAGGGAGGGUGAACCGGGACCGUACAUGGAGGCGCGCGAGACAGCGAGAGACAGCGAGAGACAGCGAGAGGUGCAGCUGACGCAGAGAGAGCCCGGCGCCAUCGCGCGGAUUCGUGAACGAGUUGCAAAAUCGAAAGCGAACGUAUGCGGUUUGGUGUUUUGGUGAGACACACUGGAUACAGUCUGUUG